CCGCCGCUCCAAACCCCUGCCGUUGCCGAUCGGGCGUCCGAGCUUGCGGCGAACUGGUAGCAUCCGGCCAGCGGGAGCAGGCGGCGGCCGGAUCGCUCCGGGAGCGGAGAUCUGCGCCGGAUCGGGGACCACUAACCCCUAAACCCUCGCGAUCCGCGCCGGAUCGCCGGUGCUGCGCGGAGGCGGGACCGCGAGCUCCGAUCCGCGGCGUGGGCAGAUCCGCGGCAUGGACUCCUCCGUCGAGAAGGGGAGCGGAUCGCUGGAUCCGGACGGGCGCGCGGCGGCGUCCGGGAACCCCAAGGCCUGCACCGACUGCUACGCCACCAAGACGCCGCUCUGGCGCGGCGGGCCCGAGGGACCCAAGUCGCUGUGCAACGCGUGCGGGAUCCGGUACAGGAAGAAGCGGCGGGAGGCGCUGGGGCUGGACGGGCCCAAGAGACGGGAGCCUGUGGCGGCGGCGGACGCGGCCUGCGCGGAGGACGCCGGCGGUGAGGAGGAGGAAGAAGACGAGGAGCAGCAGCAGCAGCCGGAGACGACGAAGAAGAGCAAGCGCGUGGGGCCGUGGGGCAAGGUGACGGUGGAGCUGCGCAUGGUGGGGUUCGGCAAGGACGCGGUGCUCAAGCAGCGGCGCCGGAUGCGGCGCAAGAGGCGCCUCGGCGAGGAGGAGAAGGCCGCCAUCCUACUCAUGGCGCUCUCCUCCGGCGUCAUCUACGCCUCCUGAGAUCCCCGACCACCAACAAGCCAAGAUCCAAGAGGAACCAAAGGCGCGCGGCAUCAGAAGAUGAGAGCAGAUCGAGUAGCUACCCUGUUUUUCCUGGUACUGUUGCUUAGUUUUUCCGGCUAAUUAGUUGAUAUAAGCGGCGAGUUAAUAAUGGAUGGUGAUGCAGCAGCAGUAGCUGCUCAUCUGUUCUUGCCUAAGUAGCUGUGAUGUUACUGGUACUAGUAGUAGUAUGUUAGCUUGUAGUAGUGACAUUGCAAUGUAAGAAGAAGUUUAUGAUCA